UUCCCUCUCUCUAUCUCUCUCCUAGCAAACCCUUAGCUGAUGCGAUUCUCCACUAGAGAGCUCCAAAAAACACAUCAACCUUUACAAAAAGAGAAAGAAAGAUCAAAUUAGAACCAUGGUUUUUUCUUCCAUUCCAGCUUAUCUUGAUCCAGCCAACUGGCAACAGCCAUCCAACCAUCAAGCCGGGAAUAGCAGUGGAAACCAUCCUCCGCUUCAACCACCAGCGCAGCAACAGCCAGUGCCUUCUUUCCCACCUGCUCAGCCUCAUGCAGGAGGUGGGCCGGGUGCGGUCUCUAUUAGGCCCGGCUCCAUGGCAGAACGAGCCCGGUUAGCUAACAUACAUAUGCCAGAGGCAGCCCUAAAGUGCCCCCGAUGCGAAUCAUCAAACACCAAGUUUUGCUACUUCAACAACUACAGUCUCACACAGCCUAGGCACUUUUGCAAGACCUGCAGAAGAUACUGGACUAGAGGAGGAGCUCUUCGAAACGUUCCUGUUGGAGGUGGAUGUAGGAGGAACAAACGAACUAAAGCAACUAGUUCAAAAUCUCCUGUCAGCAGUGCUGAUCGCCAAACCACCUCAAGUUCCACGGGCACUGUUUCCUCUAACAGUACCCCAUCUGCUAAUGUGUUAGGCCUCACACCUCAAAUUCCACCUAUGCGGUUUUUAUCUCCGUUGAGCCAACUCAGUGAUCACUACAGCCCUGCUGGAGACAUUAGCUUGAACUACGGCGCAAAUAAUUCAGCUCCAUUGCUGGGGACAAGCGAGAUGAACUUUCAUAUAAACCCUAAUAAUCUGCUUAGCUGUGGACUUGGUGGUGGAGUGGCUUCCCUUCUACCAGGUGGCGGCAUUGAGCAGUGGCGGUUGCAGCAAGCCCAGCAGUUCCCUUUCUUGGGAGGGUUGGAAGCAUCCCCACCCGGAUUGUACAGCCAACUUCAAGCAAGUAGCGUCGAGCCCUCCGGAUUUGUAGGUGAAACGAGCCAUCACCAUGUGAGGCCUAAACUUUCAUCUUCCAUUCUGACUCAGCAAGCUUCAGUUAAGAUGGAAGAUAAUCAUCAAGAGUUGAACUUGUCAACGCAACUUAUGGGGAUUCCGGGAAAUCAUGAUCAGUGGAACGGUACUGCUGCGGCUUGGACAACAGAUCUUGCUAGUUUUAGCUCUUCUUCUACUACAAAUCCCUUAUAGCAUGUAGAAGUACAUGGUGAAGUUAUUAGUUAUCCCACCAGCGAGCAGUCUAAUGGUGAAGCUCUAUGAAUUUAGUGACUAAUUAAAGCUUCCACAUAACUCCUCUAUACUCAUGUUUCGCGGGGUGGUUGAAUGAUUUCAGUUCUAUGACUCGUGAAGGAAUAGGUCUUUCUCAGAUUGACCAGAAACCCUAGAGCUUGUUAGGUUCAUGUUUAGUCACCCAUUUCCGUCUUAUGUCUUUCUUUCACUUCAGUUUUUUUAUUUUUCUUUCGUUAUGUUAAACAACCUCGAGAGGGUAAGAAUCUUAGAUGAUGUAGCUUUGUGGUAGAAAAUGAAGCUUUAAUUUCCUAAGCAGUUCAAAGGGCUGAGCUGAAGCCUGAAUCUGUUUCAAGUUAUUAACAUCAUUUGGUACGUUCUCAUGCAUCCUCUGAAAUAGUGGUCCGUUGUAACAAAUGUCUGGUGAACCGAAGCAACAAUCUUUCAGUGAUGAAAUAUGUGACUCAAAUGAAGCUUAUGCCAUUUA